GGUACGUUUAAGCAGUGGUUUUACUCACUUGGAGCUGAAGAUGAAGCAGAAGUGCCUGUGUCAUGUUUGCACCUGCUCACACGCAGCUAAGUCACACUUCCUUAGCCCGCCUACCACCUCCACCCGCCUUGCCUGGCAGGUGGACCUGCACCUGAGCACCGCGAGCACUCAAGAAAGUCAUUUCCUUGUUUGCUCGCGAGCCCGCAGACUCCCAUCUCCUUCGCGGCAAGUUAAGUUGUAUGCUUGAGGGAUGAAAGGCUAUUGGUGGCUGCUGCGUUUGCCUGUCCGUUGUGGUUCUGGCUCGCAGCGUUAUCUGCGUUCGGGAUUUUCGCUCCGCAAGCUAGGUUUCCUGAUUUGCACCCAAGUUUUAAUUCUGCUGUUCCUUUGGAAGUGGGGUUCCUCCUCUUUAUUUUCAAGCGUAGCGUCAGCUGAGUCUGAUUUUAAAGAGAGCUUAAAUCCUCUACUUGACACAUCUGGACUACCACAUUUCUCUGCUAUCUCAGUAGAUCAUAUUGUGCCUGGCAUUAUUAGAGCAGUGGCAGAACAAGAAAAAGGCCUACAACAGUUGGAGCACAAGUUACAGUCAUCAAAUUUUCCCACGUCAUGGGCCUCUAUUGUAGAAUUCCUAGAAGUAUUAUUAAGACCCCUGGAAUACAGCUGGAGUGUUGUAACCCAUCUAGAAAAUGUGAAAGACUCUCCACAACUCAGACAUGCCAUAGAGAAGACACAACCUCUUAUUCUUGAAUUGUCUUCAAGACUGCAGCAAAGCCUUCCAAUCUAUAAUGUAUUUAAGGAGCUAAGCUUAAGUAAUGACCUGGAUGCAUCACAACAAAGAAUUAUUGAAUUUACUCUAAGAAACAUGAAACAAAAUGGUGUUGAAUUAAAGGGAGAGAAGAGGCAUCGUUUUAACUAUAUUAAUCAAUGUUUGACAAACUUAUCUAGAGCAUUCAGAAACAACAUACUGGAUUCAGCUUCAGAAUUUUCCAUUCUACUUAAAGAAAAGAAAAGUGUUGAAGAGCUCCCAGAAACUACCCUCAGGUUUAUGGCUAAUGCAGCAGCCAUGGAUACAAAAAAACGUCCUGACAUUGAAAAUGGUCCUUGGAAAGUGACUCUUGAUCAAACAACAUAUGAAAACAUACUGAUGUACAGCAGUAAGCGAUCACUGCGUGGGAUGCUUUACAAAGCUAAAAUUGGACUGGCAGCAUCAGCAAAAUAUAAUAAUGAACUAAUCUUGAAUGAAAUUCUGAAACUCAGGCAAGAAAAGGCUCAGAUUUUGGACUACAACAACUAUGCAGAGCUCUCCCUCUCUACAAAAAUGGCCAAGACUGUCGACAAGGUGUGGAACUUGAUUGACUUUCUUCAUAAUAAGACUUACGCAGUGGCUAUCAAGGAGCUGGAGUCCUUGACAGAAUUUGCCCACACCCAUGGUCAUAGAGGGAAAUUAGAAAACUGGGACAUUGUAUAUUGGAAGCAGAAACAAAUGAAAUCAUUAUUCAGUAUUCCAAGUGAAGAGUUACCACUUUACUUUCCAGUGGAGAGGGUCCUUGCUGGUCUAUUUAAACUGUGUUUGGACUUAUUUGGAGUAACCGUAAAACCUGCAGAUAGUGUUAUAGAAGUCUGGGACCCCUUGGUGAAAGUCUUUUAUGUAUACAAUGAGGAAGAGAUACAUAUUGCAUCUCUUUUUCUGGAUCUUUAUUCUCGACCUAAAGAAAAGCAGUCUGGUGCCUGGAUGGAUGGUUUACAAUCAAAAAGUGCUUUACUGAAAGAGAAACCUGUUGCUAUCAUUGUUUGUAACCAGAUUCCUCCAAUUGGAUCUGCACCUUCACUGAUGUCAUUUGACGAUGUUGAAACAUUAUUUCAUGAGUUUGGCCACGCUUUGCAGCACAUGUUGUCAGUGGUGCCCUAUGCAGGAGCCUCUGGAAUCAACAGCAUUGAGUGGGAUGCAGUGGAAUUCGCCUCUCAGUUUAUGUCAAACUGGAUCUAUGACAGAUACACAAUUUCAGCAAUCAGUGGUCACUACCAGACAGGAGAACCUCUGCCGUCACACAUGCUGGAAAGCCUUCUCAAAGCUCACCACUUCAUGAUGGCAUUUGACUUACAGUACCAGCUCUACUUAACUGCCAUUGACAUAGCACUACAUAACAGUUCAGAGCCAUUGGAGGUAAUUAAGAAGCAAAUAUCUGACAAAUAUAAUGUGGUAAAGCCAAUAAAGGACGACAGAUUUCCUUGUACAUUCCUACACGUUUUUGGAAGCGAGGCUUAUGCGGCUGGCUAUUAUUCCUACAUGUGGGCCCAAGUCUUAGCAGAAGAUGCAUUUACAGCCUUUGAAGAAGUGGGAUUAGAGAACAGAAAAGAGCUCAGUAAAAUUGGGCACAGGUUCAAGGAUACCGUACUAGGUCUGGGUAGCAGUAAAUCUGCCUUAGAUGUUUUUCGCAUGUUUAGAGGCCGGGAUCCAUCACCAGCUGCACUCUUAAAGACUUAUGGCUUAAUUUAAAGUACUGAAAAGGAAAAAUAAAACUCUUUUCAGAUG